AUGAGAUUGCUGCCAUCUGUGAGAGCCUUCAGAUUAAGCAGCUGUUUCACCAGGUUGAUAAAUUCCAAGUCCAACAGUCUGGACACAUCUGCCACAUGCCCUCUAGUUCAAGAUGACCAGUCAGUAGAUCUCGUACAAGAAGAAUUCAAACAAGAUAUGGAUCAGGUUGGCUCUGAAGCUACAUCAAGAGGAACUCAGGUAGCUGUCCAAGCCCAAGAUCAGUUUCAGGGCGGGAAUAUCAUUAACAUGAUGCCCUUGAAGAACUGUGCUAAUGUGUUCCAAAUCCAUGGUUGCAUCGCUUCUCACUUCUUGCACAGCCAUGAUACCAUCUCAGAGAUAGACAUAUACGGUAAAACGAAGAAUUGUUCGGACCGUGAAGCUGGGAUAGGAUUGUAA